AUAUUAGCUUGUAACACUGCACACGUUGACGUUUGUUUUGUUUUUUAGUGUCGGUAAAAUUUGAAUUCACUGUCAUUCAUCGUUUGAAAUGGAGAUUUUCGGUAGCACCUUUGACGAUUCGGUGUUCGAGGAAUCAAGAGCGAAGCCAACUGUUGUUGCACUGUCGUCUUACAAUGCAAAGUUCUGUGAAGCAGAGUGGUUUUGGGAGAGCAUCGACACAGAUGAUAUUUUAGAGAAACAAAAGAUCUUUAAAUUUCGAGCUGAUAUGUCGUACAGGCGAAAAAACUUCCAGGAAGCUUUAAACGCCUACACUACCUGCCUCUCCUAUAUCCCUGACGGCAACCUGGCCAUUAGACGGGACAUAAUGGAGGGAAUGGCAAGGUGCUGUUGUCACCUGGGGAAGAGAGUGGAGGCCCUGGAGAUCACAGAAACACUUAAAAAUGAAGCCUCCAACACCUGUCACCUCACCGGUCUACUUCACCUGACUGCGAACGUCCACGAGCGCUUCGGAGACCUUAGGAGCCAGGUCACGUGUCUGCAGCAGCUGUGUUCUCUCCACCCCUACCACCAGUGGCACUGGAUGAAGCUGGCAGAAAGCUACCUUCAUCUCCUCCAGCCUCUGUCAACACCCUCAGGCUCCAGUCCUCUUCAACAGGGAGAUGGUGUAGAGCCACAGCCUGACUUUCAGACUGAGGAGCAACUGAAGGAAGAGCGUGAUGGCGUUUGGCUCAAGGCCUGCAUGUGUUUUGUCCGGGCCAGACUCCUCCUCAGGGCAUUAAAGGGACAACAGUCAUCCUUUGUUCUCCAGAACAGUGAGCGAGCCCUACAGAAGGCUGAUGAGGCUCUACGGUGUCUGGAACCGAAAGACACCACACUACAGCUAGUCUCUGAGGUGAUGUCAGAAGAUCUAGUUCCAGAGAGGAUGAGAGAGGACAACCAGGAUGGAGAGAGCUUGGCAGGUCUCUCUCUGAAGGACUUUGAAGACAGGUGGUGGAACAGACUGGUACAGACAGGAGUACUGAAGGAGGAUGGAGCUGAACUACCUUCUGUAAAGACCUAACUGGGCUACAUGUUUUGAUGAAUGUAUUCUUUAAUAUUGCGUGUAACAAUGUGCUGACCGCCAUAUGAAAUUAAAUAUUGUCACACUUCAAUCUACAGUAAAGUUUAAUUAGAUAACUGCUGUAUUGAAUUUCAAAGUAGAACCAUUUGGAAAAAGUGUGACAAAGGUUGGACACAUUUGAGAACUUUUGAUUUGCCAUUCUGCAUUACCUCGGGCUUGACAGUGUAUGGAUCAGAAGAUUUGUCAGUUAAGAGGCCCUUGGCUAAGCGUAGCACACAUCACUAGGUUAAGAGGCCCGGCCCAUGUCUAAGCGUAGCACACAUCACUAGGCUGUCACUCAGUGUGUUUCUAUCAGGGUUGAUGGGUGGAGGAGGAAUUCAUGUCUGUGACAUGUUGUUUUUACUCCAUUGAAUUAACAUGCACUGAAACACAAAGCUCUCAGCCUGAAGGCAGACAAUGAUCAUCCUUAUGAGAUAAUGAUGUGAUUGAAGUACUACUCCUGUACUCCAGGCAUCAAGCAAAGGAAAACAGGCACAUUUACUCUAUGAAGGUUACUUGCCCAUUUUCAGUUGUGAGAGAACAUAAUUUACCUCAAACAGGGUGUACUGUCAAAUUUCAGUACGAUGUUAUUUAGGAACAGUAAACCACUGGCCAGUCUUGAGAAGUGGGUGUCUGUCCAACAAGCCGGUUGUCCCUCCAUAAAGAAGGUAAUUACUUUUAAAGGGUCGCCAGGUCAGGUGGUCUCCAGUACUAUAAUCACUGGAGAAGGUUCUCUGGAACAUGACGGGCCUGGUUGCAGUGUGUCUCUGUGUGAUCCAGUCAAACCUGUGGCUCCGGGGACCUGUGUAGUAAGACUGAUUCACCAAGCACUGGGAGGUUGGUGGUGCUGUUUGCUGAGUGUUGGGGUGUCUCUGCUGGGAGGUUGGUGGUGCUGUUGGCUGAGUGUUGGGGUGUCUCUGCUGGGAGGUUGGUGGUGCUGUUGGCUGAGUGUUGGGGUGUCUCUGCUGGGAGGUUGGUGGUGCUGUUGGCGGAGUGUUGGGGUGUCUCUGCUGGGAGGUUGGUGGUGCUGUUUGCUGAGUGUUGGGGUGUCUCUGCUGGGAGGUUGGUGGUGCUGUUGGCGGAGUGUUGGGGUGUCUCUGCUGGGAGGUUGGUGGUGCUGUUGGCUGAGUGUUGGGGUGUCUCUGCUGGGAGGUUGGUGGUGCUGUUGGCUGAGUGUUGGGGUGUCUCUGCUGGGAGGUUGGUGGUGCUGUUGGCGGAGUGUUGGGGUGUC